UGAUAGGUAUAUACCUAGACGGGCGCCGAUUACGAACGGAGGGGUGUGAAAAGUGUGCGCGAAAGUUGUCGGUCUCGUAUCGGGGUGAUACGGGGCGACCUGAUCCGGAAGAAAACGGGUCGAAGUCGGUCGUGGACUCCGCAGCCCGCCUACGGUAGUGCUUCGAGUGAAAGGAGACUAACGAAAGAAUCACGGAUAAAUUUUCGUUGGUACAAAACCCGAAACGGAAAUCUCCCCGCUGUAGACACGAUCGGCGCGCAUGGUCCAGGACGUAGACAAACGGAUAACGCGCCGAACGGGAUGUUCCAUGGAUCACGAUAGUUUCGUUCGGUGAAAGUAAAUCGCAACGAAGCCAGCUCACUUCGCACACGAGAUUUUUUUCCGCCCUGGUGUACCGAGCCAAUCGUCGAACGAGUCCGACGAGAGAUCGAAAGACCAUCAUGCCCCAGUCUUCUCUCCAACGGAGCCAGGAUAUCCGAUCGCUAACCACGAACAAAGCGUAGCGAACCCGACGCGUGCAUACGAUUCCUCUUCGUUUUUCCUCGUUUCCGACCGACCCAGACUAUUUGUACAUUCACCGCGGCCGUAACAGCCAGCGAAUAUCGAGGAGAACCCGUAUAAUCGACCGGAGAUAUCCGAAAAAUCGACAACAAUGACCGUGGUUAUGGAGGAAACGAACACCUUCGUUACGUGGCCGGCCCGACUCAAGAUCGGUGCAAAGUCGAAGAAAGAUCCGCAUAUAAAGGUCGCGGGUCGACCCGAUGACGUGAGAGCUGCUAAGGAGAAGAUAAUGGAAAUUUUGGACACCAGGCAAAGCAACCGAGUCACCAUGAAGUUGGACGUUAGUUACACGGACCAUUCGCAUAUCAUUGGAAAGGGCGGUCUGACGAUUAAACGAGUGAUGGAGGAAACCGGUUGUCACAUACAUUUUCCGGACAGUAACCGGAGCAAUCACCAAGAAAAGAGCAAUCAAGUCUCGAUCGCCGGUGAAAUGGAGGGCGUCGAACGGGCUCGUGCUCGAGUCAGGAAUUUAACGCCGCUGAUAUUUUCGUUCGAAUUGCCGAUCAUGGGCGCCUCGCAGUCCGUUCCGGACUCCACAUCGCCGUACGUGGUCAAGAUCCAAGAGAAAUACAACGUUCAAGUUAUGUUUCGCACGCGGCCGAAAUUGCACGCCACGUUGGUCGUGGUGAAGGGCUGCGAAUGGGAGGUGUCGCAGGUGAAAGAAGCAACCGUGUUGCUGAUUCACUCGAUGUGCCAAAACUUAGCUAGUCAAAUACAAGUACAAAUGUCGAUGGAGAUCUCGCCGCAGCAUCACAGUAUCGUGCUGGGGAAGCAGAGCAGUAAUCUGAAGAUGAUUAUGCAACGAACAGCCACGCAGAUCAUGUUCCCAGACGCGGGCGAUCCAAACAUUCCCAGCUUGAAGAAAAGCAACGUGACGAUCACAGGUGGCAUCCACAAUGUCUACUUGGCUCGGCAACAGUUAGUGGGUUCCUUACCGCUGGUUCUGAUGUUCGAUCUUCCCGAGGAUUCCAUGUCCACCGUCGACACGGAGAACAUUUCUCAGCUGAUGCAGUCGUUGGACGUGUUCAUAAACAUACGGCAUAAACCAAAGCAGAGCACGCUUUCCGUGAUCAUCAAGGGGAUCGAGCGAAACGCCGGUAACAUUUACGAGGCGAGGAAACAGCUUCUAGGCCUGGACGAGCCCAGAGUCCACGCCGAGAUACCAGCUACGUAUCAUAUCCCGAACGCGGGCAAUAUUUUUCAGGGUAACUCCGCCAACAGCACCGGUUCCAACAAUCUGGUCGCGGGUCUGUCGGAGAAUUUGUCGAGUAUGCUGACGGUGAACACGCAGAAUCCUCCGUAUUGCGUGUCACCUGUGCCCCAUUCGCCGAACCCGAUGGGACUAUCGCCGCACUGGGGUUUACCAUCGAUACCGUCCAUGUUUUCGCCGCUGCAGCUUCAUCAUCACUCCUAUCCGUAUCCGCACCUCAAUCAUUUGUUGACCACGCAACACAUGAUGCACAACAACGCGAUUCCACCGCAUGCCCAUGGGCUGCAGAAUCACGGUUUCAACGGUAUCGGUCAGAUGCACGGGGGUAGCAUGCCACCCGGCUUUCACGGCGUUCACGGGCUAAACGGUAGUUCGUUGGCCGACCGAAAAGAGGGCAGCGCUUAUUCGUCGUUGAGCAGCGCGUCCAGUUCUCUGUCCAGUCCUGCCAUCAGUCCCCGGAAUGCAUCUCCGGUCAAUCCUGCCGAGACUAGUCCCAAUUUAGAUUUAUCCGGCAUGCUGUCCGGAUUUUCGGUAACCGAUCGGCGAGCACCCGGCUGCGAGAAGAAAACGUUGGAAAUGGUUGUGCAACAGAAUCUUACUCCUUUCGAGUACGAGCAGAAGAAAAUCUUGGCCACGAAAGCGAUGCAGUCGAAACCGAGUUCGAACGAGUAUCGUGUACCGACAUCCGCUUGGUCCGGCUACGGGCUAAGUCAAUCCAUUCCUCCUAUAAAUACGACCGACCUGAGCAAGGAAUUGACCAACAUCGGCAGCAACAGCAAUAUCAGCAGCAAUAACAACGGUAUCACCACCAGCACCGCUGCCACUACUCAUCCGUCCGAUUUAUGGAAAGAACCAACGACACCGGUAUUCAGCAGAGACAUUGACUUCGGAAUCGUAUCCGGCAAAGAUCGUGUUGGACAGAUCGGCAUCAGCUCGAACUACAUGGACCACACUCCAACUUCGCAUCUGAACAAAAUCACGUCUCAUCGAUACAACGACUUGACCAGCAUGCUGACCAGCGUCGGAUUGGAAAAAUAUAUUCGCCUGUUCACGUCGCACGAAGUGGACAUGGCCACAUUUCCCUCGUUGACGGAGAAGGAUCUGUGCGAAAUCGGAAUAACCGCUUGGGGCGCGAGGCGCAAAAUAAUGCUGUUGAUCGCUGAAUUGAACAAACGAACCAGUCCGUUCUGUGGCAGCGCGGCCCCGGGCGCGGAGCGCAAAGCAACCGCGUCGACGACUUCGACUUCGAUGGAGAAGCGCAAUCUGGACACAAAGUGGUAAAGAGAAGACGACGAUACCGUUGCGAGACUCGCGACAUUCCCGCGAAACGGAUAUACACACGAUCCAUUUCGGGCUGUGGUACUUAAAGUCCUCGUGCUGCGCUUGGGCGCAGAAAUCGUGUUUUCGAUCGGAGAACACGAGAACGAGUAGUAAAUCGAAAUCGAAUCACGCGGGCUUUCCCGCCGAUUCGACAGACGGCGGGACGAAGAGUAUAAUUAGUAAGUUAAUUUCCGAUUCUAGGCGCCGGAAGAAUAGC